AUGACUAUAGUAGCUGCACACGUGCAACCUGCUACUGCUCCAACUCAACUGCCAUCUCCAUCUCCAACUGAUGAGGAAUCUUCCUCAUCUGUUACAACUGCUUCUAGAACCUUAAUUGUGUUGAUACUGCACUUGUCAUCAACUUGGGUUGAUGGAGUUCAACAAGUUCCUUGUUACUUCAUUUUUGGAGAUUCUUUAUUCGACAUUGGGAAUAAUAAUGACCUUCAAACCGAGGCUAAGGCUAAUUUUCCUCCAUAUGGGAUCGACUUUCCAGGAGGGGCUACGGGAAGAUUUACGAAUGGUCGAAACAUGGCAGAUAUUUUAGCUGAACUUCUAGGAUUUGACGGUUAUAUACCAUCUUUUGCAAGUACCGAAAAAGGUCAACAAGACAUUUUCAAAGGUCUAAAUUAUGCAUCUGGAGGAUCUGGAAUUCUUAAUGAAACUUCCAAAAACCACCUUGGAGAAGUGAUUAGCUUGGACCAGCAGUUACAGAAUCACGGGAAAAUUGUCUCAGAAAUUAUGAGAAUAAAAGGAGACAAAAAAUCAGCAAAAGAUCAUCUAGGACAAUGCAUAUAUACAAUUGGAACGGGCAGUAACGAUUACAUUAACAAUUACUUCUUGCCUGUCUUUUAUCGUACAAAGAACCAAUAUACAUCAGAGCGAUAUGCCACCGUUCUUAUUCAACAAUUUUCACAACCAUUAAAGGACUUAUACAACUAUGGAGCGAGGAAGAUAGCAAUAUUCGGAUUAGGUUUACUUGGUUGUACUCCAGCAAUUCUUGCAAUGGAUGGCACAGAUGAAAUCAUAUGCGUAGACUCCAUGAACUUGGCAGUCAAGCAAUUUAAUAAUAAACUCAUACGCCUAGUGGAUAAACUCAACAACAAUCUUCCGGGUGCUAAGUUUAGCCAUGUCAACGUCUCUGGGAUUUCUUCUACCCCUAUACCUGGAGUUACGGUGAUGAAGACUCCAUGCUGUGAAGUAGGAAAUUUGACAGUGAAUAACGAGGCGUUAACAUGCACUCAAUUUGGUAAUUCAUGUCCUGAUAGAGCUAAGUACACAUUUUGGGAUGGAGUGCAUCCAACCCAAAUUACCCAAGUCUUUAUCGGAAAAAGAGCAUACAAAGCUCAGUUUUCUCUUGAUACUUGCCCAUUUGAUAUUCAUCACCCGGCUCAACUUUAA